UACCUGCAUUGUGAUGUUGUAGAAAGAAUAUUUUAGCAUGGCCUUUCAACCAGCUUCAACUUCGUACAGUUAUACGGCAUACCCACAAAGAAGUGUUUCAGAGCUAGCGUUAGCACUCUCGCAGGAGGAGUGUACAGUGGAAAGUCAUUCCGAUGUUUACGACUCGUCAGGAGUAGGAGACACACCAGAAAACGCUGGUUUUGAUUCCACUCUAGCACCGCGAUCUAACCCCACUAAUGCAGCAAAGUCUAAAAUUCCUGUACAAAUAAAUUAUCGAAAGAUAUCGGCAGAAGAAAAUUCAAGAUCUCGAGUGAAACUUCCAAGAAACAAAUCCUUCGACAGUACAGCGAAGUUUUUGAAGAAAAACGACGAAACGUCAAGAAGAUUUCGGUCUUUUAGUAGCUUGUUACGACAAAAUUUCGAUGGUAGCAAAGCUCGUAAAGUAUCAACGCCAGAAAUUCAGCGUCGAUCGGUUGAUCGAAGGUGCUCGCUAGAAUCGCACGAAUUAAAGUCUGAUCGCUUACAAAUGAUUUUAGCAAAGCAUGCCUCUUCGUACUUACAUUUAGAAGACAGCACUGAAGCCAUGAGUGUAGCUGAUAGCGGCAGCUCUUUGAUCGAUAUUAAUGAAAACGCUAUAUCAACGCCAACUUCAAGAUCCCGUAAAUUGUCGAAUAUAUUUCGUAAAAAGAGUACUCAUAGUAAAUCAUCAAAAGAAAACGAACAUUUGCGCGGGAGAAAGUAUGGAUGCUCAAAUCGAAUGAGUUUGGGUGCAAAUGACCUAGAUGGUGUUAUUAGAGAGCGGGAUCGUGCACUAGAAGAAUGGGGAAAGUCAGCCACAAAAUGUGAGGAGCUUAUCGAAGAGCUUGAAUUUACGUUGUCACAACUAAUUAUUAUUCGAAAUGAUCGCAAUGAAAAAACCGAAGAAUUAAAAGGUGUUAUCAUUAACUAUGAUAAUGAUUUGGAUGAUCGAGAAGCAGAACUCGAUGAUCUUCAAGAAGAGCUAAAUGAGACCCGACAACUCUUGGCUGUCGCAAGGACGGAACGAACAGAGGCGUUUGAUCAAAGGGACGAGCUACUUCAACAAUCAUAUUUAUCUAAACAGGAAGUGGAAACUGUUCGAACAGAACUCAAUAAUGCACAUGAAGAAAAUAUAAAUCUUCGACAAAAAUGUACUUCGCUUGAAGAGGAGGUUUUGUUACUUAAAAAAGAACGUGAUGACGCAUUAAGAUUAUGGAAUACAACAGUGGAGGAGAGAAAGAAGCUGCACGAUGAACAAAUAUUACUUACGCAGGCGCGAGAUGAAUCUUUGCGUAAAACUUUUGGACAGUUAGAAGAAAUUAGUGUUUUGAAAUCCGAGCGCAACCAACUUUUAAGACACAUUGAAAGUAUCAAAAGAGGUGUCGGCUACAAAGAAGAUAGUAACUUUGGGGAAAUAAAUGGACACGAUUCAGGUUUUAAUUCCACAACAUCUCCGGAUAAAAUGAGUGAAGAUGAAACCUCAGCAACAACGAUAUCAGUUAGCACAUCAGAAGAUAAUGAUUUUUUUGAUGAUUAUCAAGAAAUAGCGAUUUGCAUUGAUACGUUUGACUCGAGACAUGGUUUAAAGUUGGACAACGCCAUUGAUAUACCUCAUGUGAUGGUGACAUUUGUCACAUCACAAUUGGAGCAAAAGUGGAAUAUCAAGAAGCACGAUCGAAUUAUCAGUGUUAAUGGAGUAUCGGUGAGUCGAGCAGAUAAGAAGACUGUGGAACGAUUGAUACGCGAUACUGCAGGGAGAACUAUAUCUUUGGUCUUGCGACGGGAGAGGCUUGUUCCUGGAGAAAAGAAUCAAGCUGAUAUAGAAAUAGGAAUAGAUAAACAACCUUUAGAAAUGCAGUAUUUCGUUGAAAUAAGUAAUACAAAUGAAAACUCAACAAUACAUGGAUUGCGUCGACUGAAGAAGGGAGAUCGUAUUAUGAAAAUCAACUCACAAGAUAUCAAUGAUGUAAUGUCUACUAUGAUAAAAAAGUUGGGUAAGCGAACAAACGGAAAAGCAACUUUACGAAUUGUAAGAAAAGGAGGCUUUACUAAAGACGACCUUAUUGAGCCUCAAAAUGAGGGUGUGUCACCUACAAAAUCAUCUAUUCGAGCUUCAAUAUCAUUUAACAAUUUUCCACGUCGAAAAAGAUCAACAACAUAUUCUGACUUCUCUGUCGCAAAAUCAGUAUUUAGCGAUGUAUCGUCGUUAUUUUCAGAUGUUUCGGAACCGCAAUCUAUCACUGAAGAUACAAAUUAUUUUGCUACGCGCUCAUAUACUGACUCCAUGAAAAUUCCUGAGAUUCAAGUUGAGACCUUGCCUGUUUUAGAACUCAACAACUCUCCACAAUCUCGUCCGAAAACCUUACUUGUCAAAAAGUCGCCUCGCUUAAACACUUCAUUGUUAAAUCAUUUAAAACCGUCGAAAUCCAGAGUACUUGAUGACAUCUCUAUUCAAAGUUCAGAGUUUUCCCCAAAUUUAAAACCAAGUCCAAGACAUAGCCGACGAUCAAGUCCAGGUUUAAGACGCUCAGUUUCAACAAUAGAGCGCAAAACAGAGCGUCCUGUGUUAACAUAUUCGAAUGAUGAUUUCAGUACACUGCAAUUACCACGUUCAAACUCUAGUGAUCUUAGUCUAGCUGCCGCAAGUGAGACGCCUUUUACUAAUGUACCUGGGUAUGCCACGCUACCAAGAAGAUACAAAAGAAGAAUAAAUACUGAAGAUACAAAACAAACAACCCGCGUCAUUCGAAUGGAGAAGCAUGCUACUGAUAUUAUAGGAAUCACCAUUACUGGUGGAAACAAAGUUGGAAUCUUUGUAAAAGAACUGGCACCAGAUAGUGUGGCCGAACUGUCGGGGUUAAAAGUUGGCGAUAGAAUCUUGCAUCUUAACUCUUCAGAUUUAACAAAAGCAACCUUAGACUUCGCUACUAGAUCUUUACUUAACCACCGUUCGUGUAUACAACUACGAGUAGAGGUUGCCUUUUAUGAAAAUUUCGAUACUCUGUUAGAACAGAAGCCGUAUGAAUCUAUUUACGUAAGAUGUUUGCAACAAUACACUGCUGUUAACAGUGACGAAAUAAGUUUUGAAAUCGGCGAUAUAUUUCAUAUCACAGAUACUCUACAUAACUUUGAUAUUGAAACACUUACUUGGAGUUGGUAUGGGACAAGAACAGUCAAGAAGACAUUAGUAAAUGUUGAAGGAGUCCUGCCAAGAAUUGAAACGUAUAUAGAAGAACCCAAAUCUCCUACACCGCUAGACACUGAUAAUGACAUCAUCAUGGACGAUCGCAGAAAGAAGAGACUUCUAAAAUUUAACAAAUCUGCAAAUGACUUGAAAAAAUGGUUUGGAAAAAAGCCAAGCUUUAUCACGAAGAAAAGAAAAUCUCAAUCACGAGGAAGAGAAAGAACCUUUUCAUUUAAUGACCUUCGAAGAAAUGUGUUUUAUGAAAUUCUUCUGGAAGAACCUGUAUUCUGUUGAUAUAUGACAGAUUUAAUAUUUUAUAAUCCUAGCAACUCGUGAAAGAAAUAUACGAGUACAUAUUUGCAUAGUUAUAGUAAAAAGAAUGUACGAUAUAGAAUUUUUUUGAAACAAGAAUUAUAAUACCGAUA